AUGGCUUUCAGGAGCCCAUUGGCGCUGUCCGCUGGGUCAGCGUCGCUGCUGUCCUCUGCGGCAGCUACCGCUCGGUCUCGUACCGCUGCUGCGCUCCCCCGAUUCACGUCCAUUCGUGCAUCGUCGAGCUCGACCUCAGCUCUUGCCUACAAGGCAUUGCACCGUCGGUCUCCCCUGCCCCUGCCGGUCUCCGAUGCCUCUCCUCAAUGGGAUGCCCCCACUGCUGUUUCAUCCAUCCUCUAUGAGACUCCCGUGCCUCCCAGCAACCCUCCCAAGAGGCACGUCCUGAACUGUCUCGUGCAGAACGAGCCCGGUGUGCUGUCCCGCGUGUCCGGUAUCCUGGCCGCCCGCGGCUUCAACAUUGACAGCCUGGUUGUCUGCAACACCGAGGUCGAGGACCUCUCCCGCAUGACCAUUGUCCUGCAGGGCCAGGACGGCGUCGUCGAGCAGGCUCGCCGCCAGUUGGAUGACCUCGUCCCCGUCUGGGCUGUUCUGGACUACACCGACUCCGCUCUCGUCCAGCGUGAGCUUCUCCUUGCUAAGGUCUCCAUCCUUGGUCCUGAGUUUUUCGAGGAGCUGCUCCAGCACCACCGCGAGAUCACCACCUCGCCGGACUCCCUCGAGAGCCAGAAGUACCACCAGGAUGCUCAGUCCGUCCAGCAAUACCACCCCCGCCACCUUCCCCAGAGCCAGGCCCUGCGCCACAAGCACGAGCACUUGGAUGCUAUCACCCGCCUGACUCACCAGUUCGGUGGUAAGAUUCUGGACAUCAGCACCAACAACUGCAUUGUCGAGGUCUCUGCUAAGCCUUCCCGUAUCGACUCUUUCCUUAAGCUGAUCGGUCCCUUCGGUAUCCUCGAGUCCACCCGUACUGGCCUGAUGGCCCUUCCCCGCUCUCCCCUGUCUGAGCCCAGCGAGGAGAUCGAGAAGGAUGCUGCCGACGUCGUCGAUGCCAGCACCCUGCCCCCUGGCUAA